AUGCAGAUAUCUCAAUUUACCAAUAUUGCUUCUUUUCUCUCUCUAACGGCUGCAACAGUUGGUCUAUGGGAUUACACUUGGGAGCAAGAAAUUUCAGUCGACGACUUGGCAUGCUGGAGUGAAGAUAAAGACAAUGUCAUCAAUUUUAUGGGCUGGGAGUCUCCGAAGAACCUACCACUUGUGAUUGCGGGAUACGAGGGUGUUGACGGGCCACACUCUCCAUUGUGCUAUACGUACUGGGUACUUGAAUAUGAAGGCCGCCGCCAGGCAAUGCUUGUUCUCGACCACGCAUUUUCGGGGUUCGCAACUGACUAUGAGACCUUUGUAUUACUCACAGAUGGCAAGGCUUGGAGGACUGGGAAGGCGAAUGUCACUACUUUCCACUCCCUGGUCUUCGUGACUGUGGUAUUGGGCCUGAGCCGGCAGAGCAAGAUCGCAAGACUGUUAUAG